CUUCCAUCCCACAUAGAGUCGAAUCAGAUUACUUUUUCUCUAACAGGGAUAAAGUAACUUCUGUAAAUCGAUUAUAAUGUCUAGAUCUGGGCUACAAAUGAAACUAUCCUCCAGUUUGCCUUCUUUUUCGCCUUACUUCGAAAGAAGGGGAGCACGUGGACGGGCUGAUUCCGAACCCAAGAAUCUUUUUGCUUUGGGAGAAGAGAUUACUACCAAAAAUGCCAAAGGACAGUCCUUAAUUUUCUAUGCAAUUCGUUUUGGACAUAAAGGCUUGGCCAAGGAGUUGUUGGAGAAGGGUUGUGAUCCAAAUGAAGCAGAUAACGCGAACCAUUACCCCAUACACGAAGCUGUAGAUCAGUCAGAGACAGCAAUGAUAGAACUUCUGAAAGAAUAUGGUGCCGACCUCAAUGUUAAGAAUCUGUUAGGUCAGACUCCUCUCAUGAGAGCUGUUCUUUUUGAUGAUGUUUUGAUUGUUAAAACUCUCCUUAAAGCAGGUGCAGAUCCCUAUCAGAGAGACAUUUCGGGUCAAACCCUUAUCGAGUAUGCGCUGUCUUCUGGUAGAGAGAACACAUGUCUCUUCCUGCUACAGAAUGGAUAUGAAUCCCAGACCAUGGAUAACAUUCACCUGAAUCAUCUGACCACAUCUGAGAGGUCCGGCACUGUGGUCAACUCUUUAAUCAAUUUCCUGACCAACAUUAAGAAAAAGAAGGGACUGGUCAAAAAUAAAAUAGCAGAGAAAACGCAAAACCUGACACCCUUGAAGGUGAAUUUAAAGUUCUCGAAGAAAUACGUUUUAAAGAAAAAGAAUUGCAUUGGUCCAGUUAAGCGAGAUAUUGACUUGCCUAAUUUUGCAAUUCUGAAUAUUCAUUGAUUCCAUGAUAUUUGUGCACACUGAAAUCCGUUUCAUUUGUUUAACAGAUUAUUGUUAAAUUUAAUUAAUAAUACUUGUAUGUACUAUGUACACUUUCUGCAUCUA